AGAGCAUCAACAAUGUCACCUAUUCAUCGAGACCCGGGCUUGACCAGCUGUCCGAGAGACAUCUUAUACUCGAUAUUCGAGUUAUUGUCACCGAAUGAAUUCUAUGCACUAUGUCUCGUUCAUACCAACGUUCGCGGGGUAGCCGCAAAAUUUCUCUACGAGAAUAUUCAAAUGAUCUGGGAGCAAGAGAAUGAUUAUGAUCCUCCCCCAGUCACUAAACUUUUGCGAACUCUGGUGGCCAGGCCUCAUUUGGCUACUCACAUCAGAAAACUUCAGCUCACCGGCCUACCAACCAAACACCCCGCACUCGUGAGAACCAUCCGUCUCGUACCCAUCUCUCCUACUGAGCUGAGCGAGUCUAUAUCCUUCAUUCAAAAACUGGGGUCCCGUAUAGCGACCUUUGGAUACAAGAAUUACAGCGAGGCAGACUCGAUGCGGUUGUCGCACUCCUCCUAG